AUGGUGAGGGAUGCAGACGGCAUUUAUGUCAACGUGGAACUGACCAAGGUGAAGGUAGCUGAGCUUCGAGAAUACAUCGCCAAGAGAGAAGACAAGUUUGUGUCCGAGUAUGGGAGAGUGCCUCGAGGUCUGCUCCACGCUCACACAGCUGCCACCACCCCAGAACACAGGCCCAAGAACAGAUUCAAAGCCAUGUAUCCCUAUGACCACUCCCGCGUUGUCCUGCAGAAGACGCCUAGGGACAAGCACUCCGACUACAUCAACGCCAACUACAUCAACACCUACAAGGAGAAGAAGGCCUUUAUUGCAACCCAAGGCCCAAUGCCCAAGACUGUGGGCGACUUCUGGAGGAUGAUCUGGCAGGAGGAGACCGACAUCAUCGUCAUGCUCACCAGACUCAAGGAGGGAAUCAAGGUGAAGUGUGAGAAGUACUGGCCGGAGGAGAAGAGUCCACUGAAACUUGGAGACCUGACCAUCACCAACGACGGGGUCACUGAGAGACCAGACUACUGCAUCACACAGAUUACCAUACAGCACAAGAAGCUGAACGAACGCCGUCAAGUGAUGCACCUGCACUAUGUCACGUGGCCUGAUCAUGGCGUCCCAUCAUCCCCUCCGCUCGUCCGGUUCUGGAAGGUGUUCCGGUCCAUGGCGGCUGACAGCAAGGCUCCCGUCGUUGUCCACUGCAGUGCUGGAGUUGGGAGAACAGGGACAUUUAUUGCUCUGGAGGCCCUGAUGGAGCGAGCUCGACGGGAGGGAGUGGUGGACGUCCACGAAUUUGUCCUCAAGAUGAGAGCAGACCGGGUCAGCAUGGUGCAAACAAAGGAACGGUACCUGUUUCUCCACCAGGUGGUGCUGGAGGCGCUGUACAGCGACAUGACACACAUGACGCCCACCAUGUUUGACAGCCGGUUCUGCACCGACAGCCUUGCUUCGGCUUCAGAAGAAGCCAUCUUGAAAAGAAUGGGAGAAACUCGUUGAACUGAAGGGAGAAUUAAAUGCCUCUGAAACUGAGGGAGCUCUUCUGUCAGAAAACUCGCGGAAAAACCGUAGCAAGGACAUUCUGCCAGGU